GUGUGUGUGUGUGUGUCACUGGGGCUGAGGGCGGCCUCACAGCCUCGAGCAGCCGCCGAGAGCCACACCAUGGACUUCAGUCAGGAGGGGCUGUUCGGACAAAUAGAGGAUCUGCAGGAGCUCAGCUUCAUCGAGAGACCCGUGCGCCGGUACCUGAAGACACCAGAAGAGAUAGAAAGACUGACAGUCGACGAAGAGCUCAAUGAUAUCGAAAGGGCUGUAUAUCUACUCAGUUCUGGUCAAGAUGUGCAACGAACCAGUGUUGUUGUUAAUCUACCUAACCUUGUGCGACAGAAUCCUUCUGACACACUUCGAAGGGUGGUGCCAAAGAUUGGAGAGGUACUACAUGUUGCGGGGGUGGAGAUGCAGUUAGCUGCUGCAGUCUCAUUUCUUACCAUCUUACAAGAAGAGUUGGUUUCCACCGCCGCUUACACCCACUCUUUCCUCCCGAUCAUAUUGGUAAGCCUGGAUCACAGGGACGCAGUGGUCAGCAAUGCAUGGUUGGAGACCCUUUUGACUGUGAUCAAUACAUUGCCAAAGGAAACAAUCAGACAGGAGAUUCUGUCCCCACUGGUUUCAAAGGCUCAAUUAUCGCAGACCAUCCAAUCACGUUUAGCGAGCUGCAAGAUUCUGGGUAAAGUCGCCAGGAAAUUUGAGUCUCACAUAAUAAAACGGGACAUUCUGCCUCUGGUGAAAUCACUUUGCCAGGAUGUAGAGUAUGAAGUUCGAUCCUGUAUGUGUCGUCAGCUGGAAUACAUAGCACAAGGCAUUGGGGUGGAGCAGACAAAAAGUGCAAUACUUCCUGAAUUAGUGGAGUUGGCAAGAGAUGAAGGGUGCAGUGUACGCAUUGCUGCAUUUGACACUAUUGUUAAUCUACUUGGCCUGUUUGACAGUGAUGACCGAACUCAAAUCAUCUUUCUGGUGAUGAUGUUUUGUGAGAAAUCGUUCAAAGCAGAUGAGUCAAUCCUCGCAUCUUUGUCGCUUCAGCUUGGAAAGCUCUGUCACGGUCUCUCGGGGAAUCUAACUGAUGAUCAACAGUUGUGGUUUCUGGAUUUCUAUAAGAAAUUUAGUACGUUAGGACUGCAACAUGAAAAUGGUCACAGCGAGCCCCAAAAUCAGCUCUAUGGAGCAGAUGCAGACACUAAAUAUGUGGCUGUCAGAAAGAAUUGUGCCUACAAUAUGCCAGCCAUGGUACUUUUUGUGGAUCCCAAACAUUUCUACUCGGAUCUUUAUCUCACUCUCUCUACCCUUUGUCACGAUCCUGAAGCUCUUGUUCGACGAGCUGUUGCUGCUGGCUUCCAUGAAGUCACUAAGCUGCUAGGUUCCAAUGCUUACUUAAUUCACAAAGAGCUGAUCAUGCUUUUGCAAGAUGAAUCACUCGAGGUGUUGGAUGCUCUCAUAGAUCAUCUUCCAGAAAUUCUAAAAGUAGUGACUGCAGGAGACCACGCUGGCACAGAUAGCAAGAUGCACGUUCCUGAUUUGAUUCCAGCUCUGAUGAUGGCUGAACAGAGAGCUGCCAUUUCGUUAAAAUGGCGAAUUCACGAGAAACUUUUGCUGACGUUUGCCUGUUUGCCAGAAGUUCUAUCCAGCGAUCACAUCUACCACAAGUUCUUACCCGUAAUGUUUAGAAUAAUUACCACAAACAAUGUUCUCCCAGUCCAAAGAGCCUCAGCCAGAACCCUGUGUGUGUUUGUUCGGCAUAACCGCAAACUGGAACAGCGACAAGAAAUAUGCUGUAAACUUGUUGAACAACUCGGUCAAGGAAAAAGUUAUUGGACCAGACUACGAUUUCUUGACACCUGUGAAUAUAUCCUUGAUAUGUUUUCAAAAGCCUUUUUCUGUAAAUACUUUUUUCUGCCUGUAGUUGAACUAUCAAACGACCCUGUUGCAAACGUAAGGAUUAAAUUAUGUUACAUGCUGCCAAAGCUGAAGUCUGCACUGAAACUGCCUACCGACAAACUCCUACUUCAACAACUAGAGCUUUCUGUUAGGAAAUUACUGUGUCAAGAAAAGGACAAGGAUGUCACUGCUAUAGUGAGAAUUAUUGUAUUGGAACUUGACAGAAUGGAAAUUACUGUGGAAUCUGUACCAAAAAAGAUGCAGGAAAAAGAUUUACUAGAUCACAAGAAGGAAAAGGAAGAAACUCUGCUGCUAGAAAUGGAAGAGAUGGAUAAACGGGGAGAAAACAAGGCAAAUGAAAAGAAAAUUUUUUCCUCUUUUGGCAAAGAUGGCAAGAAGAAGAAUAAACUGGGUCGUAGUCGUUCACUUGGUGGUCGAGUAGCUCCUCCAAAACUUGUUUCUUCUGAGCGUUCCACCAUAAAACUUACUGGGACAGGAAUGGGUUCGCAAACAAAUCUUACUUCAAAAAACACUCUACUGCCAUUUGAUGGGACAACCCAAAGUCAUUCCUCAGGUGGCAGUGGGACCUGCAGCCUGCCAUCAUCUAUGUCGGGAGCAAGUUCUCGUUUUUAUUCAGCCAACCCCCUUGAACAAAAAGCGAAUGGGAGUAAAGAUACUCUUCCAAAGAAGUUUAACUUGAAAAGCAGGAAAUCGAAUCCUUAACAGAAUGGAAGGAAAUCGUUGGACAGUGGUGUCAUGAAACAAAAGAGUGUGACUUCAGGUUUGAGCAAGUAUCUUGGACAAAUCUGGGUGAUGGGACAAAACAGAGACCUAAAGCUUUGUCUCAGCCACCAGCUUUGAGGAGGAAGCACUGAGCGUUUAAAAUAAAAGACUGCACUUUGGGUUUCACAAAAGAUAACUAUUUAUUCUCGUAUUUUGAUUUUCAGCUGUUGUUUUGAAUAUGUGCGUGUAUACGUGUUCAAAUGUACACGCAUACACACGCGUUUGCCUGCUUCACAGUGCUCUGUGUUUAUGACAGAAGACAUUACAGAGCUCCAAACGAAAAUACCUCCAGGUGCCCCCACGUGGAAUGCACAGAGAAAUCUUAAAACAUUUGCAACUGUGUCGUCUAACUAGCAAGAAUAUAGUUCAUAAAGAAUUCAGCAUGAUGAGGCUACCACAUUCUAAUCCAUGCAUUUAAAGGAGAUCAGAGAGUGAGUGUGGGGUGGGGUGGGGGAUGUGGAUGAGGGAUUAUUAUACUGUACGUCUUAGAUUAUUCUAAGUAUCGCUCAUUCACCCAUAAAAGAGCUGUGAGGUGACACAGAACAAUCUUAAAGUCAGUGUUGCAACUGAUAGAAUUCCAUUCUUCCUGUAACGUUUCAUAUCGCUUAACUCGACGCAUUAAAUGCAAACUGAGCGAUACUCCCAUCAGCGACACAGUUCCGCUGUAUUUGCCUGUAAACAUUCGGGAGAAUUUGACCUUUUCCUUUAGGAGUGGUUACAUUUCAGAUUUUUAAAAGUAAUCCACUUAAUUCACCGAGCUUUUGAGCCUUAUAGCGAGAGGGUUACAUUUUGAUUAUCCAAAGCAGAGGCUGUCAAAAUGUCGUCCUGUCCAAUAUACCUCUUAACCUUGUGGGAUGUGUUUUAGCCAACAUGCCAUUCUGGAUGGGGAGAGGAAAUGAUCCCAAACUACUUUCUGGAGUUAGCGUCACUUACACCAAUAUCAACUGCCCUAAUACAGUGCACUUUUGGUGUUGAGAUGAUGAAAAUCUGGGUACAUUUCUGGAACCAAAGAUUCAGCACAACAAUGGCAUUAAAUAUCCUAUAUCUCUCUUUAUCUCCUGCAAUGAUUUAAAAACAAAGCCUUAAGUGGCCUAUAUUUGUAAUUUGCUGUACAAUCCCUUAAUACUACCAUACCUGAGCAUAACAAUUAUUUUAACAAUUCUGAAUUAUUUCUACUUGCCUCGCUCUUCGAAUUAGUUUUUUUUUUAAAUGAAGCUUUUCAUACUUUUUGGGAACUGCAGAGACAAAACACUGAUGGCAUACAGAUACGUUUUUUUUAAAAAGAAACUGGAUAUCAGUAUUAUCAAUUGUUAGCCUUGUGUUGCAAGUAUAUUUCGUGACUGCUAUACACGGUACCCGCUUGAAUCUGUCAUGUUUGGGUUAUGUUUUCUCAACUUGCGACUAGAUGGCAA